CGCCAUGUGAUUUGUCGGCUGAAAUAUGAUUCAAAGCAAAUAGCUGUGUCCAAUGCAAAGGCUUGGUAGGAUGUCAAACAAAAUAACAUGUACAGUAAAGUAGCAAAAUGUGUCUUGCAAAUUGUAUACAUUCCAGUCAUAGUCAACCGUGUGGCGUAUGUGUAUGCAUAAAUUAGGAACCCGGACAACAUAUAGCUGGGUCGUUAGGCCGGUCGAAACUAGCUCGUUUUGUCCGAAGUGGCAUUAUAGGUUGUCCAGUUACUUAUUGUUUGUGAUGGCUGAUUUCAGCUUCCCAAACCCCUUGAACACUUAUUUCUCUUAGUGUAAAAGUUUGAUUCAGGUCCAUCUGUUCAGGGCAAAGGUUUUUACACCAUUGUGUACCCUUUAAGACCAUGCCCCUUUCAGACUUCUUGGGGGCUCUGAAGGAUAACCCCUAUUUUGGGGCUGGCUUUGGGCUGGUGGGGGUUGGCACGGCACUGGCGUUAGCCAGGAAGGGGGCUCAAGUUGGCAUGAUAUUCUUUCGGCGAAAUUACAUGAUCACCCUGGAGGUCCCCAGCCGGGACAAGAGCUAUCAUUGGCUGCUCAGCUGGAUCACCAAACACGCCCGCCACACACAGCACCUGAGUGUGGAGACUUCCUACCUGCAGCACGAGAGCGGUCGCAUUCAUACCCAGUUCGACUUUCACCCCAGCCCCGGAAACCACAUCAUCUGGUACAAACACAAAUGGAUCAGAGUGGAGAGGACCAGGGAGAAGCAGAUGGUGGACCUCCACACGGGCACACCGUGGGAGUCGGUCACAUUCACUGCGCUGGGGAGGGACCGCGAGGUCUUCUUUAACAUCCUGCAGGAAGCGAGGGAGCUGGCUCUGAAGCAGGAGGAGGGGCGGACGGUGAUGUACACGGCCAUGGGGGCGGAGUGGAGGCCUUUUGGCUUCCCGCGGCGACGGCGACCCCUGAGUUCGGUGGUGCUCGACCAAGGAGUGGGCGAAGGGAUAGUGGAGGACGUGAAGGAGUUCAUCGGCCAUCCCAAGUGGUAUACGGACAGAGGGAUUCCGUACAGAAGGGGCUACCUGCUUUACGGACCUCCGGGCUGUGGAAAGAGCAGCUUCAUAACAGCUCUUGCUGGAGAGCUGGGCUACAGUAUCUGUCUGAUGAGCCUUAGCGACCGCAGUCUGUCUGACGACCGGCUGAACCACCUGCUGAGCGUGGCCCCGCAGCAGAGCAUCAUCCUGCUGGAGGACGUGGACGCCGCCUUCGUCAGCCGCGAACUCCUGCCCACCGAGAGUACGGAGCGGGGUCUCACCAUCGCACAGCCUCGCAAUCCACACGCAAUCGCACAAUCUCACAGUCCACCCGCAAUCAAUGUAAACUUCAGAAAAAUGGCUCUAAACGACCCCUGGUUUUCCUGCUUGCCCCCCCCCCCCCUUCACCCCAGACUGGACCCGGCUCUGAUCCGGCCGGGCCGGGUGGACGUGAAGCAGUACGUGGGGCACUGCACCCCCUGGCAGCUGGCGCAGAUGUUCCGGCGGUUCUACCCGGACGAGCCGGCGACGGAGGGGGAGCGGUUUUCGGAGAGCGCGCUGGCGGCCCACCCCAAGCUCAGCGCGGCGCAGGUGCAGGGACACUUCAUGCUGUUCAAACUGGACCCGGCCGGCUCCAUCCUCAACGUGGCCCAGAUCAAGGACUGAUGGGGACGCAAGGCAUUCUGGGACGCAGGGCGCUGUGCGCGAGUCAGUGCCACAGCUCUGGACUUAACCGCUGUCCGCCAGUAAAGCACUAUUCACACCCAGUCGAAAUGUCUUCUUUUUAUUAAAUAAAAUGGCACUUGAUUA